AUGAAGGCCGCCAUCUCCUUUUCCGCUGCCAUCCUGGCUCUUCCUAACCUCGUCUCGGCUCAUUACUUCUUCCCCCAUCUCUACGUCAACAAUGUCAAGUCGGCCGAGUACGAGUACGUCCGUCGCUCGACUCAGGGUUUCCAGCCUCACUUUGGCUUCGACAUCCUGUCGAGCAACGAGAUGAGGUGCAACACUGGAGCCCAGGCCAACGCCGGCUCUACCAAGGUUGCUGAGGUCAGCGCCGGUGACACCAUUGGCUUUGGCACCAACUUGGACGGCAACAUCCAGCAUCCUGGAACCAUUCAGGUUUACAUGUCCCGAGCCACCAACGACGACGUCAAGUCCUACGAUGGAUCUGGAGACUGGUUCAAGGUCUACGAGCUUGGUGCCAACUUCCCCAUGCAGGCGUCUGGCGAGAACUGGCUUAUCUGGAACAAGAACCGCGUCGACUUUACCAUCCCCGCUGAGGUCCCCAGUGGCGAGUACCUCGUCCGCAUCGAGCAUCUUGCUCUCCACCGACCCAGUGGAACCGAGUUCUACUUCAACUGCGCCCACGUCAAGGUCACCAACUCUGGCAGCGGUCAGGAGCCCACGGAUGUCGUCAAGAUCCCUGGUGUCUACGACAGCAACACUGAGGGUCUCUCGCCCAACUACAGCAUCUACAGCGGUGCCACUUCUUACCCCAUGCCUGGACCUGCUAUCUUCAGUGGCUCUGGUGCUUCUUCCAGCUCUGGUUCCGCUGCUUCUGGUUCUGGCUCUGCCACUAGCUCCGACUCUGCUGCCUCCCCUGACGCCAGCGCUGCCGAGCCUGCUGCCACCGCCCCUGCUGAUUCUGGAUGCGGCAGUGUCCCUCAAUUCUCUCGACGCUACUACCGUGGCAACUAA